CACGACGACCCUUUGCGUUUCGCGACCUUUACUCUCGCGACAGCUGAUCUUCAAAUAGAAGAAGGGGAUAUAAACACGUUUUUAUGCAGAUUUAUGCCGUAAUGAUUGGCGGCUGCUGCGUCAGGGUUCUCUCGAUUAAACGGAGACGCGGUCGUGAGCCACGUUUCCGGUCGGGACACCGAAUACCGAGGCGGCUGUAGUCCGCUCACUGACACUUCACAGACCGAGACGAUAAAACUACAAGUACCAGAAAGGGGAAGAAGGCGGCUCCUGCGUUGGCACGCUCUCGGAAAUGUCGGAAUUACUUCCGAUAACAUCACGUACAGUGGUAAAUUCCAAAGAAAAGGAACUAUUUGGCUUUUCUUCCUUUUUUCCCAUCGGGUUCAACAAAUUCGUCCACAUAUAAAGCCUUUAAGGAUAAAAAUAAUACUAAAGCUACCUCCGGUGAGGCGUUACUCCACCCGUCAAUCGUCUGAAGAGCACUAUUCCACUAUCUGGUCUUCAAAGCCCGAGUCCAUUUGGUGUACGUGAAGGCAGCACAAGUCCUUCGGUGCACUUCCGGUGACGUGUUUAUUUUGCGACUCACAGUCUGUUAUGGCCGGUGGUUUUCAAUUCUAAGAACAACAGAGACAUCAAACCUUUGAUGAUAUUUAAAAUCAUUUUGUAGAUGCAUUCAAACCGAAACAUCAACGAUGUUUAUUCCGCCUCCGGAGAGAACCCCCCCAUGUUCCUGCGCCAGCUGAGCUCCUUCCGCCCCCCCUUCCCUCCCCGCGUCCGCCCCCCCUUCCCACCCCGCGUCCGCCCCCCCUUCCCUCCCCGCGGGAGCCCCCCCCUCUGCCGGGCUGCCUUCGGAAGCAGCGGCCCCUCCUGUUCCCACGUCCCCCGUUUCAUCCCCGCUCCUCGUCCACGCUGGCCGACGCGGGGGUUCCCCCCCCCCACGACGCCUGGACUCCCCCGCCCCCACCCGGCGGACCAUCGGGGCUCCUCCGCUGGGAUGCUCGCCCCUCGCGGCGUCAACCCGGGGGACUUUGGCGGAAGCUUCCGUUCGUUCUCCUCCGCCGUCGGCAUGACGAUGGAGCACGGCCACAGAGACAGAGAGCCCCCUCACAAAAGGAGGCGGAGCGCUGAAGAAAAGAAUCAAGGAGGAGGACCAAGGGUGGGGGGGGCAGGCCAGAGCGAGGACGACGGAUUCCGCAGGGAGCCCCGACCGAACUCCAAAGAUGGGAGCCGAGGUCGAGGGACGAGUCGGAAAAAACAGAAAAAGGAAGAUGCGAAAAAAAAGACAAAAGCUCAAAAGAAGCAGAGACAGCGAGACAAAACCCACAGCAGGAGGGAGGGCAAGCGUCCCCCGGGAGGACGGAAAGAGUCCCAGCCCUCGAGCUCAGGACAGCAGGAAGACGUGAAGUCUCUGCAGAGACACUGGGAGGACUCGCCCGGCCGCACCGGCGACACCCGACCCCCGGGGGGCGCCGCAGCCUUUGACUUCUCGGUGAUGUCCUACAACAUCCUGUCUCAGCGGCUGCUGCAGGACAACGUCUACCUGUACCAACACUGUCCCCCCGGCCUGCUGACCUGGGACCAGCGGCUGCCCAACCUGCUGGACGAGAUGCGGCAGCACGACGCCGACAUCCUGUGUCUUCAGGAGGUCCAGGAGGACCACUACGAGAACCAGAUCAAACCGGCUCUACAGGCACUCGGUUAUCAGUGUGAGUACAAGAAGCGAACAGGAAACAAACCUGACGGCUGCGCCGUCAUCUUCAAAACCUCCCGCCUCUCGCUCCUCUCCUCCAAUCCCGUGGAGUUCUUCCGACCCGGCGACGCCCUCCUCGACCGGGACAACGUGGGGCUGGUCCUGCUGCUGCGGCCCAACGGGGCCGAGCGGCGGGGGGCGGAUCCCUCGGCCUGCCUCUGCGUGGCCAACACCCACCUGCUGUACAACCCCAACCGCGGCGACAUCAAGCUGGCCCAGCUGGCCAUCCUGUUGGCCGAGAUCGGCCGGCUGUCCCGCCUCCCGGACGGCUCGGCCAAUCCGGUCGUGCUGUGCGGGGACUUGAACUCCACGCCGCGCAGUCCGCUGUACGGCUUCCUGACCACGGGCCGCCUGGAUUACCGAGGCCUCCAGAGCAGCAUGGUGUCGGGUCAGAAGGACUCACCCAAAGGACGGCCUGUCCUCAAGUCUCCGCUCUGGUCUCACAGCUUGGGGAUCAACCGUCAGUGUCGGUACGAGGACGUCCCGGGGGCGGAGUCUUCCUCUGGCAGCACGACAGCAGCAGGAGGAGUCAUCUGUGAUCUCAGCGUAGAGGACCUCGCCACCAAAGCUGCUGCUGCUGGCAGACACAGCGCGAGCAUCGAGCACGGUCUGAAGCUGCGCUCGUCCUACCAGCACCGCCUGGCGCCCGACGGCAGACCUGAGAUCACCACCUUUCACUCCCGCACCGCCUCCACUGUGGAUUACAUCCUGUACACCCCCGAAUCCAAUGACCCUCCUUCGCUGGCGGGUGGGCGGGGCCUCGAGCUGCUGGGAAGGCUGUCAUUGGUGGGCAAGUCGGAGGUGGUGAAAGUCAAAGGCCUGCCCAACCGGUGUCACUCGUCGGAUCACCUGCCCCUCCUCGCCAGCUUCCGCUUCUGGUGCUGACGGCUGAUGGGUGAAGGGGGGGGGGCGUUGUUGAACAGCCAAUCAGAACAGCUCCCUUUACACAAUGCAGCUCAGGGAAGAUGUGGACAGAAGUAAAGCUGAUGAAAGUUGUGGCUCACAGAAGCUGUGCCCCCCCCCUCCUUAUGUUUCUGUUCUAACUUCUACUCUAAGAUUUAAUGUUCUAAACUAAAAAGCUUUUAUUCUUCACUGGUGCAUGAAGCGCUUCUCUGGUGAGAUGUGAAUAUCAGAAGAGGCAGAUUUUUAAAAAUCUAUAUUCUGAUGAAAUGAAACCUGUUGUUUUACGGUUAAAAUUUUAUGAACAUUGACUUUUAAUUUCAGACUAAAUGCAUAAUCAACACUUUACAGGAAGUGGAUGGAUUUUUGUAUCAUUUGGGGAAAAGAGAUUUUACGUUUUUAAAUAAUAAAAAAACAUGUUUUUUCAUGUUAUCAGCGUUGAUUUCAUUUCACUUAAAUUGAACAGUUGAUUCAUUUCAUCCCUCAUGAAGGUUAAAUGGGUUCGAGCAGCCUGACUCUCACAGCUCAUUGGUCCUCACGUUAGCG